CGAAUUCCAACGUCCUUUCACUCAUUAUUUACUAGCUUUUAAUUGGGUCGUGCAAGGCAGGAUUAGUUUAUUGAACAAACUCGAGAUCCAAAAGGGGCCCAUGGGAAGAGGGGAACGCCCCAUUGAAAUUAGGGAGUACAUCAGACGGCGAAAGCGCGAGGGAGUGAGUGAUCUAUGGAAGCUCUGAAGUCUCAGCUGCGGAUUCUUCUGCUUUGUUUGCUAACAUUUUCCGGUCUUUUCGUUAGUAAUACCCUCUCCGAGGGAGUCACUCCCAAGGAAGCUAAAGAGCUCCGAGAUGAGGUACGGGAAAUGUUUUAUCAUGCAUUUAAUGGGUAUAUGGAGCAUGCUUUUCCACGUGAUGAGUUAAAGCCUUUAUCAUGUGAGGGUGAAGAUACACUUGGUGGCUAUGCCUUGACAAUGAUUGACUCAUUGGACACAUUAGCUUUACUUGGCGAUCAAGAGCGCUUCACUACUUCUGUUGAAUGGAUUGAACAAGACUGUUUCAGUUUUUGAGACUACAAUUAGGGUUCUAGGGGGCCUGCUUUCUGCUCAUCUCAUUGCAAGCGAUUAUAAUACGGGAAUGAAGGUUCCUACAUAUGAUGAUGAAUUGCUUUAUUUGGCUAUGGAUCUAGCGCAAAGAAUGUUGCCUGCAUUUGAUACUCCUACAGGAAUACCAUUUGGAUCUGUAAACUUGUUGCAUGGAGUAGAUGAUAAUGAAAACAAGAUAAUGAUCUAAGCAACCAGUCUAGUAAACAAAGGUCAACAAAGGGCCAAAACACACAAAAGCACGACUUGUUGACGCCUUCUAGAUGACAUGUUAAGAGGGAAGUGAUGCACGGGAGACCACUCCAUAUUAGAAACCUUAAAUCUAGAACGCAAAAAUUACGCAUCAUGUUUGAUCUCACAUGAGAUUUUAGAACACAAAAAUUGUGUGGUUGAGAUUUAUUUUAUUCGGU